UCGCCGGACUCGGCCCCAGACCCCGUCUGUGUGGCUGUGACGUCCGCUUCGCCCCGCCCGCUUUGGGUGGUGACGCGGGGGUGGCCACACCCCCGAGCUUACGUCACUAGCCCGGUUCCCUCUCCCGGGAGCGUUGGCGGACGCGCGGCUCCCACCCCCUCCCCUCUCACGGGCUCUCCCCUCCCCGGUGGCGCCGCGGCCCGACCCUCUGCAAGGCGAUGGCCCGGGCCCCGAGCGCGGGCUAGCGUGCCUGGGUGCCCGGCCAUGGGCUGUAUCGGCUCUCGGAGCCCGGCGGGUCAGGUGGCCUCGGAUCCGGCGUGGGCUGUGGAGUGGAUCGAACUUCCUCGGGGCCUCUCUCUAUCUUCCUUGGGAUCUGCUCGGACCCUCCGAGGCUGGAGCCGGUCCUCCCGCCCUUCCUCAGUGGACAGCCAGGACUUGCCAGAGGUGAAUGUUGGAGACACAGUCGCGAUGCUGCCCAAGUCCCGAAGAGCCCUAACUAUCCAGGAGAUCGCUGCGCUGGCCAGAUCCUCCCUGCAUGGUAUUUCCCAGGUAGUGAAGGACCACGUGACCAAGCCCACUGCCAUGGCCCAGGGCCGAGUGGCUCACCUCAUUGAGUGGAAGGGCUGGAGCAAGCCAAGUGACUCGCCCGCUGCCCUAGAAUCAGCCUUUUCCUCCUACUCAGACCUCAGUGAGGGUGAACAAGAGGCUCGCUUUGCUGCAGGAGUGGCCGAGCAGUUCGCCAUUGCAGAAGCCAAGCUCCGGGCAUGGUCGUCAGUGGAUGGUGAGGACUCCACCGAUGAAUCCUAUGAUGAGGACUUUGCUGGGGGAACUGACUCAGACACGGCUGGGCAGCUGCCCCUGGGGCCCCACCUCCAGGACCUCUUCACCGGCCACCGAUUCUCCCGGCCUAUGCGCCAGGGCUCCGUGGAACCCGAGAGCGACUGCUCGCAGACCGUGUCCCCAGAGACCCUGUGCUCUAGUCUGUGCAGCCUGGAGGACGGGUUGUUGGGCUCCCCGGCCCGCCUGGCUUCCCAGCUGCUGGGCGACGAGCUGCUCCUCGCCAAACUGCCCCACAGCCGGGAAAGUGCCUUCCGCAGCCUGGGCCCAUUGGAGGCCCAGGACUCGCUCUACAGCUCGCCCCUCACAGAGUCCUGCCUUUCUCCCGCUGAGGAGGAGCCAGCCCCCUGCAAGGACUGCCAGCCGCUCUGCCUGCCGCCAGCGAGCAGCUGGGAACGGCAGCGGCAAGCCUCUGACGUAGCUUCUUCUGGGGUGGUGUCCUUAGACGAGGAUGAGGUGGAGCCAGAGGAACAGUGACCCACAUCAUGCCCGAUGGUGGCAUGUGUCCCCUGGCCACUGCUGGGGGCAGAGCCUCUGUGCCCAAGCACGGGCGAGGCUUCCAGCAGAGCUCCAAAGCCUGGAGGGCUCCUGGGAGCACUCACUCCUCCAUUGUGUGUUUGCAUGAAAGUGUUCAGAGGAGGCAGGGGCCAGGCUGGGGGCGCAUGUCCUGCCCCCACUCCUGGGGUUUGCCGGGGGUUGCCCGGGGCCCCUGGGGCAUGGCUACAGCUGUGGCAGACAGUGAUGUUCAUGUUCUUAAAUCAAAACCACCACGUGCACAUUUCCCCCUCGGGUGAUGUGAACCCCUAUGGGGGCAGCUGUGACUGGGCUGUGUGGGGUGGAGCGGGAGGGAGCCCUGCCUCCCCGCCCCCUCCCCCUGCCUCUCCUCUGCUUCUCUCCUCACCUCCGAGUCCAUGUGUAGUGCUUGACAGAACUGCCCCCGCCCGGGGUGGGGGGCUGGCUCUGACCCUCCUGGAGCCUCUGGAUUGAGCUGUCCCCCCAAGGGCCCCUCGCCCAGCUGGGCUCGUGCUGUGCUUCACCUGUCCAUCGUCUCUAAAUCUUCUUUUUCCUAAA